AUUUGGACAUGGCCAGGGAACCCAAGCCGAGCCGGGCCAGGCUGGGGCAGAAGCGGCAGCACGGCAGCAGUCUGUACCACAGUAACUGCGAGCUGGACUACGAUCCCUACAGGGAUGACUUCCCAUACCGGGUGUACGAGUACCAGAAGAUACCCCCCCUCAUUAACCGCAUCCCGGUCAAGGCCAGGCGAACUCACGUAGGAGCAGGAAGCAAAAGCAGCCUGAGCCCCCCGUCCGGGGCGAGGAGCAGCACCAGUUCCACGGCGGGACGGACCAAGUUGCGGGCCGAAGAGCUGCACUCCAUCAAGGGGGAGCUGAGCCAGAUCAAGGCGCAGGUGGACAGUCUGCUGGAGAGCCUGGACCGCAUGGACCAGAGGAGAGAGCGUCUCGCGGGGUCCAAAGAGAGUGAGAAGAAGAGGGCAGAGACGGGAGAAGAGUCGCCGUCCCCAGCGGGAGAGGGGUCACAGGAGCCCCGGGGGAAGGAGGGAACGGGAGCCGAUGGGCACAGCGACCUGCGCAACAUCGACAGCGCCGAGGAGAGCACGGACACGGAGGAGACGGUGAAAAACCACAUGUCAGACCCCGAGGGCAGCCAGUAG